AGUUUAAAAGUCGUUUUUUUUAUUGAUUAAGUGAACGUUUUGGAAAGUAUAGCUAUUCGAGAAUUGAAAGCCAAACCCUGAAAAUAUUUUGUUCGGGUUUGCAUUUUGAUUUUGUCUCUGGUAGUAAUAGUAUAUCAUCAACCUAUCACAUAAAAGAAGUCACUGGUCAGAGGUGCUAUGGAUAUUCUGGACAAGCAGACAAAGUGGACCGGCUCCGCUUCAUUGGCGAUCAGACACAGCUUCUCAGCAACAAGAGUUAUGAUGGAGUCAACGGAGUCAUGUGUCCCACCUGGAUUCCGGUUCCACCCGACGGACGAGGAGCUUGUUGGGUAUUAUCUGAGAAAGAAAGUUGCAUCACAGAAGAUUGAUCUUGAUGUUAUCAAAGAAAUCGAUCUCUAUAGAAUCGAACCAUGGGAUCUUAAAGAGAGAUGCCAAAUAGGAUGUGAGGAGCAAAACGAGUGGUAUUUCUUCAGCCACAAGGAUAAGAAGUAUCCAACAGGGACAAGAACUAACAGAGCAACCAUGGCUGGUUUCUGGAAAGCAACAGGGAGAGACAAAGCAGUGUAUGAUAAAUCAAAGCUGAUCGGCAUGAGGAAGACUCUUGUUUUCUACAAAGGACGAGCUCCUCAUGGCCAGAAAUCUGACUGGAUCAUGCAUGAAUACAGACUCGAAUCCGAUGAUCAUGCUUCUCCGAAGGAGGAAGGAUGGGUGGUUUGUAGAGCUUUUAAGAAGAGAAUCACUGGUCAAACCAAGAACAUGCAAGUGUGGGAGUCGAGCUAUUUCUAUGAUGAAGCAAGUGGCAUGAGUUCAGUGGUCGAUCCAAUCGAUUACAUAUCCAGGCAGAACUUUUUACCCCAAAAUCUCCUUUGUAAGAAAGAAGCAGAUAAUUAUUCCAACUUUGUGGAUCACUCGGAUGAUCAGUUUGUAGAGCUUCCUGAGCUGGAAAGCCCAUCACUGCCAUUAAUAAAGAGGCCGAGCUCCAUAUCAGAGAAGACUAAACAUGAAGAAGAAGAUGAUGAAGAGCUGAACAAUAGCAAGAAAUUGACUGAUUGGAGAGCACUUGAUAAGUUUGUUGCUUCUCAGCUGAGCCAAGAAGAUAGAUUUGAGGGUGAAGGAGUUUCAAGCUUUGACGCCAUUAAUAAUAAUAAUUGUAAUAGUAAUAACUCAGACAUGGCAUUGAUGUUAUUGCAGAAUAGUAGUAGAGAAGAAGGGAAUAAGUUGAACGAGUUCUUAAAUUCGAGUUCAGAUUGUGAUAUUGGAAUAUGCUUAUUUGCUAAGUGAAGGGGAAGAAAUGAAGAGAUUACGAUGAUGAUGAAGAGGCUUUUAUCGCUUAUUAUUAUAUCGUUUGAUGCAUAAUGAAGACAUAUUUUUGUAAAAAGAAAAAUAGUUGUGAAAUGAGUGAAGUUCUCUCCAUUUCUUGCUCGAAAAA